AACAUUAAAUUAGGAUUGGCGCUUGGGUAAACUAGACACGCAUGGUCUCAGAUGACUUAAUUGUUUUGUUUUGAACAUAUACGUCUGAAAGUGAAUUGUGGAAAGUGGCUCUAAAAUACUUAUGUCAACCAGCAUCAUCAGUUCCAUGUGAACGCAUAUUUUCCAAAGACGGAUAUAUGGUGAGCAUCAACAGGAGCCGCCUGAAACCAAUUCUGGAGAAAUUAUUUUUUUUGUUUUUUAAUAAAAAAAGACAUCUCUGUGCCCUUUUGUUUCUGUUCACAAGUCAUCCCUUUAUAAUAAAGUUGCACGCGUGACCAACAUAUUUACUUUGUGGAAUCCAGCUUUUUAAUGCCAACUUCGUCUAUUUAAAUAAACACAAACAGGCUUACGUACAUACAUCGACGAACAUUGUAUUUUAUCUUUAAUUGCUGAAAGAUAACGAGAGUCUCGUUUCACACAGUUUAGUGACGUAGGUUGCUGUGACUUCAUUCAUCCAUCAGAUGUCACUACUGUUCUCACUGAAGCACGAAAGCUCCGAAUUUGUUCCAGCACAAAUUGAAGGAAAGCCUCAAAGCUUCAUGAUGCAGUUUGAACAUUAACACAAUGCUUAAGUAUUGGUCCAAUACUUAAGGCAUUUGGCAUUUAACAAUUUAGAAAUGGUUCACCUCUGCCACUGCAUUCAGUGGCACAGUAAGCAGCAGCAUUUAGGUACAAUUUUGAUUUAACUUUUAUGUGCAAUACAUCUCGAUUGAAUUACCAAGUACAGUUUAGCACAGUGUUAAUGUUCCAACUGUGCAUAAUAUUUGUGAUUUACAAUAUUUAAAUAUACUUUCUAGGAAUAAAACAUGUUCCUCAUUUUUACACUACUGUAUUUUAACAGUCAUUAUGGUGGUAGUUGGAGAGACAAGUAUUUUUUUUCAUGUGGUAUUGGGGUACAAGGUUCUUGCCUAUAGAGGCUUUUAAAUAGAGGUCAUAGCCAUAGAUUUUACUUACAUGACUGCCUGUUCAUUAACUCACCGCUUCGAACUAUAACUUAGAAUUUAUUGAGCUUCCCCUUGCAGACUCUCCCUUACCCUCACUCCCUGCCUGUCCUCCUUGGCUCUUUCUUCCACCCGUUUCCCAGUCACAGCAGACUCAGGACUGCGGGCAACGUUACGAGGUGGUGGCGGGUGUCUCAUGAACAUGUCAGACAUUUUUCUACAAGGAUCUGGAAACAUGUCUGUCUUAGGAGGACGCGGCAUUGCGCUCAUACACGCAUUAGUGUUCUGUUUCCUCAAGACUCGUUGCACAGUGCAAUGCUCUUGGCUGGCAGGGAAAAUUGAUAAUCUCACAUCAGUGGUUAAAACAUUUUCAUCACCUUUUCACACUACACUUGCACAAUCUGAAAAGACGACGACGCCAACGGGGGUGCGGCCAUCCCAUAUUUGGAAGUGAUGACGCAAUAGCCUUGAAGGAAGUCGGGAGGCUCGCUCUGCUGAGUGUACCGCAACUCAGCAAUAUGUAUUUGUCAUUGUUGGAAAAGAAAGCCCUAAUUUAUUUUGAGGAGGAGGUGACGCAGCAGAGAAAAAAAAAAAAAAAGGGACUGGGAAUAUCCCAUACUAAUUUCACAGUAGCAACUCAGUUCAAACUUGUGCAUAACCUUUCUACUUCCAGGAAGAGUACUUCGAUGUGUAUCUAAGGCUGAUUAGGGUGCUUUGAAAGAGUUUCAAAGCUCCCGCAGAGACGUCUCAGUAUAUAAUUUUUCUUUUGGCCCAAAGUCCGGGACAGUGGGAUACCGCAAUUAUUAUACCUUGCCAAGUGCAAUAUGAAAAGGCCUUAAGGACUCUAUGAGUAAGGAAGGUUAGUGGGACCUUGAAGAUAUGGCCAUGGUAUUCAUAAGAUUUAAGCCCCCUCUAUACUCCAUUGGCCCGCGCGGCCCCUAUGCGACGCUUGACGCGCACACGGCAAAAAUUGUUGCUGCGUGGAGAAUGCCACGGAGAUCAUCUCUCGUGAUUGGUCCGUUUUAGCACAUGCUAUGAUGACGUACUCAGCGUUCCUCUCGGUUCCACAUACCACCUACGCCGCCGCCUUCUUGAUCGAUUUUGCAGCAUAAUUAAAUGUAUCAUCUGGUCAUCUCGGUCCAUUUGUUCUAGCAGAAACUGUUCCACGGUCGCCAUUGUUGUUGCUUUGUUCCUUGUUACGAAAAGGAAAGUAAAAACUGCUACCGGAAAUGGCCAAAAAUUGCAGAGGAAACGCCAUCCUGUGGCAUCCUAGACUUGGAGGAGAACUGCACCACAUUUUCAAAACUGCGCGCGUGGGUUGCGCUAGAGUAUGAAGGCAAACUGCACGCAGGAUAGGCACCAUGACAUCAGCGCGGUCGCCACACGCGCGACUAUAAAGAAGACUUUACACACCUCUGCCACCCGUUGCAAGCUUUCCAACCUUCCCCGCUGCAUUAUCAGACAAUUUGCGGGCAUUUGUUUCUAUGCUGGGCAUCUAGGGCCAGAUACAGUGCUUUGAAAAAGUAUUGCCCCCCCCCUCCCCUGUCAAAUUCUUAUAUUUUUGCAUAAUUUCCCCACCUUAAGCUCAUCAAACAAAUGUAAAUAUCAAACAAAUCUAACCCAAGUGAACUUAAAAUUCUGUUUUUAAAUGCUAAAUUAAUUUAUUAAAGAAUACAAAUAUUCAAAGUUACCUGGCCCUGUGUGAAAAAUUUAUUACCCCUUAAACCCAAUAACUGGUUGGGCCAUUCUCAGCAGCAACAACUGAAAUCAAGCAUUUUCUAGAACUGGCAAUGAGUCUUUUCUCUGUGGAGAUAUUUUGGCCCCCUCUUCCUUGCAGAAUUGUUUGACUUCAGCAAAAAUUGAGGGUUUCCGAGCAUGAACGGCCUUUUUUUAGGCCACCCCUCUGCAUUUCAAUCGGAUUCAAGCCUGCCUGGACUUUGACUAGGGUACUCCUAGGAAGGUUCACCACUGUUCCAUGCGUUCUCCAUGUGAGGAAAACGGCUCUCCUCAUGGUUCACUUUCCAGACUGAAUUAUUUUUUGACUGGUCUGGAAUUUUUUAGCUCUUUUGUCAGACUUCUUUUUGUUGGGACAGAUUCUGUUUAAGUGAUUUCUUGAUUGAACAGAUCUGGAGGUAAUCAGACUCGGGUGUGAUCAGUGAAAAUAAAAAAAACUGUGAUUACAAUUACAGCACUUCAUGAUUUAAUGAAGGGGUACUUAGUUUUUCACACUGGGCCAGGUUACUGAAUAGGUUUUUUCCUUAAUAAAUGAAAUCAUUUAAAAACAGCAUUUUAAGUUCACUUGGGUUAUAUUUGUUUAUUUACAUUUGUUUGAUUAUCUUAAAGUGGGAAAACUAUGCAAAAAUAUAAGAAUUUGAGAAGGGGGCCUAUGCUUUUUCACAGCACCAUACAUUAAUCACUUGCAAUCCUGUGGAGUCUUAUUUUUCUUGCAAGUUUGUGCCCAGGGAAGACCACCUUUACAGUAACUGUGAAGGUGACUCACUGUUGCUUUUAUGCAUAAUGCUCUGCAUCGCCACACAAAAACUUCUUACAUCAAUUUUCAGUACCGCUUACCCUCACAAGGGUCAUGUUUAACAUGGAGCCUGUAGCAUCUGAUUUUUGGCGAGAGCCGGUGUACAUAUACGAAUUUGAGAAGGGAGCCAAUACCACAGCACUGCAGGUACAGUAUUUGACAUCAAACAGAGGAAAUGCAUGUAAAGUUUAGAACUGUCUGGGGGACUGUCAUCAAUUUGAUGUUGAAAUCGGCAAUGGUACAACCACGCAACUGUAAAAUAUAAUUAAACUACUAACGUGGCUACUGCCCAACACUGGUUACAACUUCUGCUUCUUCAAGAACACCUCUGCCUUCUUCUUUUCCUUUCGGCUUGUCCCGUUAGGUGUCGCCACAGCGUGUCAUCCUUUUCCAUGUAAGCCUAUCUCCUGCAUCCUCCUCUCUAACACCAACUGCCCUCGUGUCUUCCCUUACUACAUCUAUCAACCUUCUCUUUGGUCUUCCUCGAGCUCUCGCCUGGCAGCUCCAUCCUCAUCAUCCUUUUACCAAUAUACUCACUUCGUCUCCUCUGGAUGUGUGCAAACCAUUUAAGUCUGCUCUCUCUGUCUCCAAAACAUCUAAUCUUGGCUGUCCCUCUGAUGAGCUCAUUUCUAAUUCGACUGUAGUAUAUUUCAAUAGUACUGAAACCAGACUUCCUUUGGGAGGGUCAAAUGGUUGGAGACUUGUAUUCACACCAACUAUCUUUUCUUUGUAAUUCUACAUCAAAGAACGUCCUUUAACCAGUUAUAUGUUUAUUGGGGUGUCCCGCAUCCCCCUGACAGAAACCUGUCUGGGGUUUACUCCAGGGGUCCUGGUCUUCAAAGAGGACUGUUUUGCAUUAUCCCAGCAAAGGACCCCGGGGGGGGGGGGGGGGUUGACCAGACUGAGAGACGACAGCAGACGAGUAGGGGUAUUUCACACACCCAAAGAGGCACCAGCAGGAGAGUGUGAUUCCAAAUAUGGUCAUGAGGAGCACCCUCCGUCCGGAUGCACCCAGGGAGGGGCAAAUUCCACGCCCAGAGAAUUAGAACCUUGAUAAACUGAGAUCCCGGGGUUUUCGGGGGCUUUUUCGUCGUUCUGGCAAUGUAAGCAGCUGUUAUGACACUAAGGCUUGUUCAAUAAAUCAAAUUAGCCCAAACGCCAAGUGUCUCGAAGUCUUCAUUCAUCCCACGCCCGACGGACGUCGGAGUUCUCGGAAACACAGGCGAAAAAAAUCCACCACAAAGUGGCGUCACGAACAGGAUUCUUUGCAGCACAGCCAAGCAGGAGGCGACGUGGGGCCGCUUCAGAUUUCAUGCCGGCUAAAGAAGAGUCCUUGAGGGAAGAACGAGAGUGGCCAGUGGCACCCCGGAUGAGACAUCCGGACACGACUGCUCCCGCCUGAGGCGUACGUUACAGAGGGCGCAGCCAAACUUUAAGGCCAGUGUGAAUUUAUCCACAAACUCUUUGAUUUAAUGUACAGGUCUACGGGAAGAAUUGAAUGCCCAUAACAAUCUUGACAACAGACUGACCUUUGUGAGCGUCCCUAUGUGGCACUUCUAGCUCGCAAGCUCUAGAUGCUGCUUAAAAGUCACUAAGUGGAGUUUCAGUAUCUGUGCAGGGUGUCUUGGCUUAAGGGGGAUGGUUUAAAGGGCAUUCCAAAUUGUACUGCUGCGCUACUGAAGUUGGCAAACGGAUUAAUUGCGGUGUGUCUAGGAGGUUAUGGUCAUACUGCCUAAUUAAAAAAAAAAAUUUUGGGAGUGGCCAGUAGAGGCUAGGAAAGGGGUGAGGAAUAACAGACGAACAAAGAGUCCUUGCAUCAUGCCAGCAAAAGGCCCCGCUACCUCUACUAUGAUGCCCCCCGUGGAUGUUUUAAGGGAACAUCCCCUUAUUAUGGGGAUUCGCGAGACAUCCCAAAAGUGGCGUAAACGCUGGCCAAAAAUCGAUAGACCUUGACCAGUCGAGGGGACCUUUAACUCGGAUGUAAUUGAAACCAUCCGUGUGCUUGUAUCUACAUAUAAGGUGACAGAGAAAACGGGAAGGGCAGGAAGAAAACGUAAGGAAAAGCGGCUAAGGGAACUGGGGAUGUUGAAACUGUUUGCAGAUGAAGGAAUUAAAGUACAGAGGGAAACAAAUGAGAAUAAGGAGAUAGCAAAGACUUGGGAAGAAGUGGGAAGAGAUAUGACAAAAGUCCAACACACACCUUUCUUGCAUGAUUCCCCAGUUAAGGGUCCCCCGCCAUAUGAAAGAAAACCUGUGCACGCUAACAUUUAUCCACAACUCCCAAUAAUUCGUCAACAAGGAAAUUACCAAAUUGAAGAUGAGAGGGACAGUACAAUCGAGACAGGUAAAGCAAAGGCCACAAUUGUGUUACAACCGAGUCCCUGCUGUAAGAAAAGAAAAAAAAUCAAUAAAAAAGUUGAAAGGGAGUGGAAAAAGGCCAACAAAGGGGGACAUUAAGUGUGAUAUCCAGAGUGACACUGAAGGGGCCGCUGGAGGAUACGACCCGAAAAUCAAAAGUAUAUUGUUAAGGACGGAGAAAAAAGGACGCAGGACAUUGCAAGGGGGGGGAGUCAAGCGAGAGUAACAGUGAAAGUGACAGAGAUGACCUUACCCAGGAGCAUGAGGCCAUGGGCCCCACACCGUCCAUCCGAGACACCCCCACCGAGGUUGACGAGCGGACAGCCCAGUCACUGAGAGACAUAAGACUACGCAAGCAACGUUGUCACGUGGACUUGGAGGUGGCAACCACCCCAGAGAUGCGAGAUGAGGUAGAAGAGCACCUGCACAGCCUGGAGAUUGCAGAGAUCGCCUUGACGAGGAGGCACCCCGCCAAAAUCCUUGAGUCGCCAAGUAAGAUCCUCCCGAUAGUGGUUCGUGGACAGCACCUUGAAUACAAGCCUUGGCAGAGUUCCGACAUGACGGCGGUGCUUGAGAAGUUACCCACCCUUCAAGACGGAGCGCAUCCGUGGAUAUCAAAACUUGAAGAGGCCCUAGUGGGAACGCAGCCCGCUGUGGGGGACAUAAAGAGACUUCUAGCCACCCUGUUGGGGGUCCAUGCGCUUAAAGACAUCCUAAAGAAGGCGGGUCUAUACCGGUAUGUUACUACGGCAGUGAAUGAUUCAGAACUGUUCGCUGCAGUACGCGGCCAGGUAUGGGGAGUCUUGAGGGAAACAUUUCCGACGAACGCGCACCCCAACAAUAUUUUUAUUGAACCAUUGGGACCAGCGGAAAAUCCCCGUGCGUAUGUGGCUCGUGCUCAUCAGACCUGGCGACACAUCACUGGUAAUGAUCCCGACGUGGCACAGAUGGAGAAGGCUAUCCUACGUGACAAGAUACAGAAGGGCCUCCCCCUGCAAGUGAGGAGUAAGCUGGCCGAGGUAGUGGGCCUUGGUAGCAUGUCAAGAGCCAUAUAUACUGAUCAUAUAGCGCAUCAAGUCGAGUUACAACGGCAAAAAGAGUUGAUUCAGAAGGAGCAGAAUUUGGAAAUGAUGAGAAAAAAAUCAAAUACAGUUAGCUGGGACAAAAAAGGAAAAGAAACAAGCCGUAGUACUACAGACGCAGGUCCAGCCCACCCCGAGCCACUUCAAUCAAACACAAUUCCAGCCACAUGGCGCACAAUCUAUUCAACCUCUGCUGCAGCCAAGGGUUCCUGUGCCGAACCAAGUUUUCUGGAGGGGGAGGGGCAGUGGCCUCAGAGGAAGAGGAGGCACUCGGGAUCGGAUGGGAGAUUAUCAACGGACACCCGGCCCGUGUUAUAUCUGUGGCCGAAUGGGACACUUGGCUCGCUCUUGUUGGCUGCAAGGGGGGAACCCGCCGCCUGGUGGAGCCACCACACAUACAAACAGUCAACCUCAGCCGCCUCAAGGUCCUCUUAAUCCUGGCGGAGGGCCAGAACCUGGAUUCUAGGGGGGCCCGGAAGACCCGAAGGGGGGAUGCCAGCUGGUGGUGUCGGGGCCGGAAGAAGAACCUACAGUCAUGGUGAGAGUAAAUGAUCACCCUCUGCUAGCGAUGGUGGAUAGCGGAGCGGCUUUCACCUGUAUCCGGCCUGAGGACGCCAUGCAUCUCCCUAUGUCUGGCAGAUUUGUACGGACAAUCGGGUUCGAGGGUGUGAAACAGCUGAUUCCCUCCACCAAACCGAUACAGCUCCAGUGUCAGACGCAACAAAUUGAUUUGCCUAUGUUGGUAUCAGAACAUACGCCAACUGCUCUCCUGGGAAGAGAUGCUUUAUGUAAAUUGAACUGUACUAUCAGGUGCACCCCAGAUGGCUGCCUAGUUGAUGUGCCUUACAAAAUGGCUCCGCAAAGGCUCGUGAUGACAGAUAAUAUUGAUGCAUCUGUGUUCUGGCUUGGAAACAUCAGCCAAGAACUUUUGGAACCCGCCAAUGUGUGGGAAAAGUUUAUGGUGGCCAACAUGCCCGGGGCAAGAUUCCCUGAGUACCCGUAUCAUUGUACCCUCCAAUACCACAAGGAGGCUACACAUGCAGGGGCGGAAGAAUGGCUGAGCCGUCAACCUAAGCAAGUUCCACUGACUGCAAGCUGCAUCAUCUUGGAACCCCAAGGAGCAGCCCUGAAAAUACGCAUGGAUGAGUACCUUGUAAGAGAAUAUACGAUUGAGGAUGGGGUCCCCCAUGUGACCCUAAUGAUAACCGAAGAAUAUGAACAGAAACACGUGGGCAAAAUGAUGAAGGAAGCAGAAACGGCAACUUUCACUCAACUUGCAGAAAACAGAACUAUUGGGACUAGUGAAGAUAAAAUAUUUAUGAAGAUCAUGAUCUCAUCGCGGGGCUAUGGAUGCCCCCAGACCGUACAGCUGACACAUGACUCAAUUCUCAGUGUGUCACAUGACCUAUUGAAACAAGAGAUGUUGCAACAGGUUCCCGAAGAGCUGUGGUCAAAACAUAGUACUGACAUAGGACUUGUGAAAUCGGCACAGCCGGUUAUAGUUCAGCUUCAACCUGGCACUAGACCACCCUGGAAAAGACAGUACCCAUUAAAGGAUGAAGCAAGUCAGGGAAUUGGACCACAGAUAAAAGGACUGCUUAAGGCAAAUGUUUUGAAAAUUACACAGACUCCACAAAGUAAUACGCCGCUAUUGUCCCUUAAAAAGCCAGAUGCUUCUUAUCGCUUGGUACACGACUUGCGGGCUGUGAACAAAGUGGUAAAAGACUUUCCCGCAGACGUACCUGACCCCCACACUUUGUUGACCCAAAUCCCUCCCGAGGCGACUCACUACACGGUACUAGAUCUAUGUGGGGCGUUCUUUAGUAUCCCCCUCAGCAUUGAAUCACAAGGCUUGUUUGGGUUCACAUAUCAGGGACAAUUUUAUAAAUAUCAGAGACUCCCCAUGGGAUACAAACAUAGUCCACGUUUUCAAUAAAGUGUUGAAAGAGGAUUUGGAGGGUAUCAGGCAACUAUUGACAAGCACGGUAAUCCAGUAUGUAGAUGACAUUAUUGUCUGCUCUCCAGACCGGCGUACGCGUCAUGUGGAUUCAAUCAAAUUGUUGCAAAUUUUAGCCGACCAUGGACACAAGGUCUCACAAAAGAAGCUACAAUAUUGCCAAGAACGAGUGACGUAUUUGGGCCAAAAAAUUGCGCAGGGCCAGAGGAGUAUCGCAGAUAGUCACCAAGAAGCCAUUCAAAAGGGUCCCAAACCAAGAACGGUGCGCGAAAUGCUGACUUUUUUGGGCAUUGUUGGCUAUUCGGCAGCCUGGAUAGAAAAUUAUGCCAAACUGACGGGGCCCCUGAGGGCGAUGGUUAAAGAAACGGGGCAUGACCAGUUGCAUGCAAAUUUAACUAACUCAAGAAGGCGCUGUGGCUUUUGAAUCAGUCAAACAGAGGUUGCAGGAGGCGCCUUCAUUGGCUUUACCAGAUUACUCUAAAUAUUUCCUGUUAUUUGUGUCAUCCUCCACUGGGGGAAAGUAUGCAUGUGCCGUCCUUUGCCAGCCCACUGGCAUAGGAACAGGACCACAGCCUAUUGCAUACUACUCUACGGCCUACUCCAAAGUGGAGCAGGGAAUGCCCCAUUGUUAUAGGGCGAUGGUGGGUGUCUACUUGAUGUAUGAAAAAGCAUCGGCUAUAACAAUGGGAUAUCCCGUGACGAUUCUGACACAUCACAGCCUUCGAAAUCUCUUGAAUCACAGCAAGUUCACCUUGACGGAGUCCAGGCUCAGAGAUUACUAUCGACUUUUGGAGCAGGAAGAUGUGACUCUAGCAAGGUGUAACACUGUGAACCCUGCUGAACUUUUGCCAACUUCAGAAGAUGGGGAACCUCAUGAUUGCAGACACGAGGCGGAAAAAUAUUCCAGAUUAAGAGCAGAUUUGCAAGCCCUCCCAUUGUGUGAGGCCGAUUUAGAAUUGUGGACGGAUGGUUCUUAUCGUAUUGGGGACUCGUUGAGUGCUGGUUAUGCGAUUGUGCGCGCAAGAAAGUCGGAAUUUGUUAUCGUAAAAGCUCGAACAAUACCCCAACCAGCCUCAGCACAAUUGGCGGAAUUAGUGGGUUUAACCGAGGCAUGUUUGUUGGCAGAAGGAAAACAGGUGACCAUUUAUACUGAUUCAGCAUAUGCACAUAAUGUUUGUCACCUGUUUGGCUCGGUGUGGAGGAACCGAGGGUUCAAGAAAACCGACGGUUCCCCCAUCCAACAUCAUGCACAAAUACUGAAACUAUUGGGAGCGAUAAUGAAACAGUGAACUAGCUAUCGCCAAGUGCGCAGCACAUAAAUGACGCAUCAAGGGUCUCACGGGGCAAUCUGGCAGCUGAUGAAGCAGCUAAAGCGAUCACGGGAGCUAAUACGACUGGGGAAAGUUCUUUUGGUCACGCAUGACAUUGAUUUAGAGGACAAGAUAACUCUUCAGGAUGUUAUUUUGAUGCAAGAAGCAGCACAACCCAUGGACAAGCAGCUGUGAGUUGACAGGGGAGCGUGUCAAGACUCCACGGGUUUGUGGAGAAAUCAUGAGGGUCUCAUAGUGGCGCCCCCAGAUCUGUUGGGUCUGAUAAUUCAUGAGGCGCAUGGGCAUGCCCAUGUCGCAAGGGGGGAAGUGAAGCGGAAGAUUACAAAAGAAUAUUGGUUUUGGGCACCAUAUUUACUGCAACAAAUUGACUAUAUCAUAGGCAGAUGCAUCAUAUGUCUAAAAAACAAUGUCAGGAGAGGGGUGAAGACACCUCCAGGUUAUAUUCCAACCCCUAACGGGCCAAUGCGGGAACUAGUGGUGAACUUUGUUGAUAUGAUAAAACCAAUUGAGGGGAAAAGAUAUUUGCUGGUGGUCGUGGAUAGAUUUUCACGAUGGCCUGAAGCGUGCCCAACUAAACGGAAGGAUGCUCAGUCUGUUACCAAGUUCUUAUGUCGGGAAGUCAUAAGCCGGUGGGGACUUCCAGAUCAGAUUUCCUCGGAUAAUGGAAAAGAGUUUGUGGAUAAAACGGUCAGAAUAAUUUUCCAAAAAUUAGGAAUUACGCAGCGAUUGGGAGCUGUAUAUCAUCCGCAAAGUCAGGGCAUGUGUGAAAGGAUGAACGGCGUGCUGAAAAAUCGCAUUGGUAAAAUUGGUCAACAUACGGGACUCAACUGGACUCAACUGCGCUUCCUCUUGCUUUAAUGGCAUGUCGGUCAAGUGAACUUUGCGACUUACACAUAACGCCACAUGAAUUGGUUACAGGUAGACUAAUGCCUUCACCGUGUUUGCGGAUUAGCGGGAAAGGUCCGAGUCUGUCCCUUUUGGAAACUGAGAUGAAGGCGUACGUCAAGUAUCUGUCGACUUUACAUAGGUGUAUAUCAACAUAUGUUGUUGACAGGCAGAAGCAAGACGAAGCGCAAGAGAGACUCAGGGAACAUAGAAAGGACACAGUGCAACCGGGGGACAAGAUAUUUGUGAACGUUUUCAGGAGGAAGUGGUUCAACGAACGCAGACAAGGUCCAUUUGAAGUACCAGCACCGCGAUCCAGGUUCAAGGGUCUCCAACCUGGUACCAUGUGUCACACUGUGUCAAAGUACCAGAAAAAGACACCACACCAAGGGAUAGACAGGAGAAGGAUGGUCCCGGACCACUUCAUGUCCCUGCAGGAGAAGAGGGAGAAGUACAAGCGGAUCUGCAACAACCGAGUAAAAAACAAUCCACGGGGGAGCUGGCAUCUACUGAUCCUGAGCUACACGCUCUGGAUACUCCCAGCAAUGACACACUCGUUGAGGGAAGAGAAGGAAGGUUCAGCUACGUCAAUCUACAACACGCCCCCGAGGAACUCAAGUUCACACCUUCAGAACCUAAACCGACUCAGGGCAUCGAGAGCAAUAAAGACCCUAUCCGUGGAGCAGCCGACACCACCGGAGUUAGGAGUAGACCUGGUAGAAGAAAAAGGACACGUUAGAGCCCCCUCUAAGGGGAUAACUAUUAAGGAAAGUAUUAGUUCCUCUAAAGGCAGGAAAGGGACUAAAGAUCCCGUAAAGUCUGAUGGCAAAAGGAAAACUGCGGAUCUAACUUCUCACGGUGAACCCACUGCCGGCAGAGCACCUGAGACCAGAUUUGGUGCACGCGAAAGAGAAGAGAACUAUUUUUUCAAGCCGGUGGGGGAUUUAAAAACCCGUCAAGACAAAUGGAAGGCCUUUGGCUUUGACUCCUCGGCAAUACAUGGCAACGACCUCUGGGCAGGUAGGAAUGUGUGGUAUCGACAAUUGACACAUUCUGUUAGAGAUUCGGGGUUAAUUAACGGACCAUGCUUGGUCAGGGUUCCGCCUCCCAGUACGUCGGUGUCAAUUUUUGAAACAAUACCGGUGCCUUUACGUCGCUAUUGCCAACAUGCUUUGUUAAGGUGGUUAGACUUCAUACAAACCGACCCACCGGAUCAUCAUCUUCAGUGGUAUCACAAUAAUAUCAGGGUGCGUGGUACAGAGUGUGACUGGGUGGAAGAUCUGAAAUAUUUGGAUUUGCUAGGACAGCAUGAAGAUUUGCAAUCAGCGGUCCCGGACUCGAUAAAUGUGAGACCGCUUAAAUCGACAAUUUGUUUUUGUUCCAAUGAGACUCAUGGAAGUCCAGGAAGGUUUAUGGGAAUUUCGGAAUGUGUAUAUUACUUGAUGAAGUUUAAAGUUCAGCCGUUCGGAGAUAGGCUUAAGACCUAUUCAGUGACAUUUCAGUCAUUAGUCGUUAAGUCAUUAGAGACGUGUUUGGCCCUUCAGCUGAAGCUGGUUGGUCAGCCAAUACCUGGUUACAGGAUAGGUUUGGGCCUAUGGGUGCUGUGAUAGUCCAAAUGUUAGCAGCACUCGUGUUGGUUUUGUGUGUCAUGUUUUGCUUCUGCACCUUGCUGCUCACCUUUGCCAAGGCCAUGAUCCUCCGGUGGGUUGGCGUUGUAAUGCCGGGAGACAAAGUACAAUUGCCAGUAUUAAAGGGGCACGAAACUAAUGGAGACGUGGUCACCAUGGAGUCGACGGUACUCGAUGUGUAUCCAAUGUGAACAUUUGUGUAUUGUUUUUACUCCAACGUUAAGUCAUUGUCUGUGCCAGGAUUCUUGUGUGCUAUUUUGUUUUAUAAAAGUGCUGUUCAGUGGUGUACGUACAGCAGUCAUGUCCACGUGGAUUGGAGACCUAAGGCGAUGCAAGGGGGGGGUAGUGGGCAGUCAAGUCUUAAGAGACUCCCCUUGCUGGUCUGGCUCUAGCCCGGUGGACAUGACUGCUCUCCAUAUGAUGUAUUGUUAAGCCAUUUGACUGUUUGUGGUAUUGUGUUUGUUUUUGUUACAAAAUACUGGCAGAUGUUUUUGUUCUUCCAGGGGUGGUCUGGAGCUGUUCGGGGUCCCGCGUGUAUAAACCUGGACUCUGGGACAAUUUCAUGGAUUGUGAUUAUGGACAGCGGGCCCCAGGCUGCAGGGAUUACAGUUUCUUCAUCAAUGACACGAGCUGUAGACCAUAUGUAGGGAGACCACCUUUAAGAUUUUUAUUUUUAUUUUGUGUGUAUUUUGAUAGGUUUGCUUCCACAGUUCUUUUUUGUGUUUUACACUGUUUUUUGUUCAUUUAUUUCAAUGUUUGUAUUAUUCUGUUGUGUAUGUUUUGCCAUCCGAGUCAGGGUCCCUUUGGGUGUUUUGAUGUACGGGGUCUGAAGGACGCUUGAUAUGGCUCUUGCUCUUUUCUUCAUCUCGUUUGAGAAAGGUUUUUCGACCGAGAGCCGGGAAACCUUGGCGCUUCCACGAGGCUGCGCGUACAAAUUGAUAAAUUUGGGAUUGGCUCCUUUUUGAUAGCGGGGAGGAGAUUUGGGUUGUUUGGCUGUUUGGUACGCACGUGGGGCCUCAGGGGGCGACGAGGAGACUCAGGGAGUGAUUCGGCCUUAUUAGAAUAAUUGUUUUUCCUCAUAAAUGGUUAACCUUAAGUAGAUGCCUUGGAGCAUGAUAGAUUUUAUUGACCAAGUAGAUUCUUCCAAAUUGUAGAUAAUAGGUUAACUUUUUGGGCUAACGCUGGUUUGUUGUUUCUUGCCAGGUGUCAUUUGCUAACUCUAGGUUUUGUAAUGAGUUCGGGGAUCUCAUUAAAGGGGGGAAUAUGUAGUAUAUUUCAAUAGUACUGAAACCAGACUUCCUUUGGGAGGGUCAAAUGGUUGGAGACUUGUAUUCACACCAACUAUCUUUUCUUUGUAAUUCUACAUCAAAGAACAUCCUUUAACCAGUUAUGUUUAUUGGGGUGUCCCGCAUCCCCCUGACAGAAACCUGUCUGGGGUUUACUCCAGGGGUCCUGGUCUUCAAAGAGGACUGUUUUGCAUUAUCGCAGCAAAGAUUGACCAGACUGAGAGACGACAGCAGACGAGUAGGGGUAUUUCACACAUCCAAAGAGGCACCAGCAGGCGAGUGCAUUUCCAAAUAUGGUCAUGAGGAGCACCCUCCUUCCGGAUGCACCCAGGAGGGGCAAAUUCCAUGCCCAGUGAAUUAGAACCUUGAUAAACUGAGAUCCCGGGGGUUUUCCAGGGGCUUUUUAGUCGUUCUGGCAAUGUAACCAGCUGUUAUGACACUAAGGCUUGUUCAAUAAAUCGAAUUAGCCCAAACGCCAAGUGUCUCGAAGUCUUCAUUCAUCCCAUGCCCGACGGACGUCGGAGUUCUCCAGGGUGAGAGAACACAGGCGAAAAAAAUCCACCACACUACCCAACAUGGCCACUCAACCUCAACAUCUUCAUUUCUGCCACCUCCAGCUCUGCUUCCUGUUGUUUCGUCAGUGCCACGGUCUCUAAUCCGUACAUCAUGGCAGGCCUCACCACUGUCUAAUAAACUUUGCCCUUCAUGGUAGCAGAGACUCUUCUCUCACAUAACACACCUGACACCUUCCUCCACCCAUUCCAACCUGCUUGGCCCCGUUUCUUCACUUUACCACACUCACCAUUGCUCUGGACUGUU